CUGCAAAUCUCAAAAAGAAUGGGAAAGAGGAAAGAAAAUCCACUGCUUUAACUUUACCUACCUACCUCCUAGGUACCUUCUUCACCCGAGCCAGCCCUGGUGCGGCGCCAUGUCCACAGCAAAGCGCAGAAACAGUACCGAUCAAGACGGUUCUGCGCCGCCUAAAAAGCAGCGUCGUGACCGGCAUGCCAAGGGCGGCCAGCCAGACGUUGACGAGACCUAUGGCCAGCGUUAUGUCUUUGCCAACCUCGAUGACCCAACCGCUCCCUCGAGCGAUGAGGAGUUUGAAGUCGAGGAUGAAGGCGAUGCAUUGGCAUAUCUUCGAUCUGUCCGAGAGGAGGCGAGCGUGAUUCCACACCUUCUCAGUGCGCCCAAGGCUGGGCCACAACUACCUCCAAAGCUUCGCGAGAAGCAAGACAUUAGCUACGAUGACGACCACGUCAACGACGACAUUCCCGAUUCGCCCAUGGACCGCAGUAUCUACCACGACGGUGUCGGAGACUCGCGAGGUUACUAUCACGAUGGUGCAUAUACGGCCAUGCCAGAUUUACAGGACGAUCAAAAUGACACCAAUGGCGAGGAUAUUACAGCGGAAGCUGCCGCAGAGGAGGCUCGGAAAGCCCGGGUCUGCGAGGCACUCUACGGAAGCAUUAUCUCACGGUUCGAGUCAAUGCGAGCAAUAGUUCACCAGGAGCCGCCGGAUGAUGCGCUGCUGGAGUUAUCGUCUGAUCACGGUUUCGAAGUCAACCCCUUCGGCUCAAGCAAAGGAGGGCAGAAAUCAUACACGACAUGGAGCUGGCGAUUGCGCAAUACAGACCCACAACCGGCGCAGAUCGCAGCCAUGGACCGGACGGCAGCCUUUAGGCUAAUCCGCGUCAUUCUCAGCGAUAUCAGGAUGCUCAAACGUGGCCACGACAUCACCGAGCGGACUAGUGCAUGGCUGUGGGCGUUACUGGCAAAGUUGCCUGACGCCGGUGAACUUGACUACACCGAUGUUGGAGUGGUGCGCGACCUAGGCAAGCGUGCCGUUCUCAUGAUGACUAGCCUUGCGCACAUGACUGCAUUGCGCGAGCAAGUUGAGCUUGGUCAACACGACCGCCAUGAUGAAGAUGCCGGCUCCGAUGCCGCUGCUCCUUUGAACGAAGGUGAAGUUGAAGACUACGAGGGAGAAGAGGAAAUGAACGGGGCUACCCAAGACAGCUCUGGCGCGACAAACGAUCACAACGAUGAUACAGACAUUGCAGCCACGAAUGGUGAUGCCGAGGCUGUUGUUCCAGCCCAGAGCGCACUCGAUGCAGAAGGUGCCAGCGAGGACGAGCCUAUGGAUCUCGAAGAUGGUGAGCUCGACGAAGGAGAAGUCGCCGACGAUACUGCACGGGCAGAUGACGGCAGCGGGGAUCUCGAGGCGAUCAAGGCAAGGCUUUUGGGGGACCUCGAGCCGCCUAUCAACAUCGAGCCAGAAAUAGGGCCUUCAGAGCAUGACGAUUGGGAGGCCGCAAAGCUGCGCUCUCGUAUGAACAUGCGUAUGACGCUCAACAUGAUCCUCACGGUUGCUGGUGAGUUUUAUGGGCAGCGGGAUCUGCUUGAGUUCAGGGAUCCUUUUCGGGGAAUGUGA